AUGGAAUCAGAAGAGUUUGACGAGUCUACAUCUAUCCCUGACAAUUAUAUCUGCCCAAUAACCCAAGAGAUUAUGAUAAAUCCCGUUGUUGCAGCUGAUGGGCAUAGCUAUGAGAAAGAAGCUAUUUUAAAAUGAUUCAAAACAGGCCACCUCACAAGUCCAUUAACAAAUGAAAAAUUAAGUUCUUUUUCAGUCAUUGAUAACUUCAGAUUGAAAGCAAUUAUAAAGGAUUUCAAAGAAAGCCUAUCUGAAGUUCAAAGACAAAAACAGUUAAAAAUUGAAGAAGAAAGAGCAAUGAAAGAAAAAGAAGAAGCUUAUAAAGUAAAUUUAGAAAAAAUUCAAGAAGAAAAUAAGGCAAAUUUGGAAUUUUUAGAAGAAGAAAAGGAAAAAGUUAAAAAACUUAAAGAAAAUGUUGAGCAAAUGGAGAGAGAAGCAGAAAAGCUGCAAGAAAAGGUUGAAGAGAUGAAUUUAGAAAGAAAAAUUAGUUAUGAAGAUAAAAUUAUUGAAUACAUAGCAAAUAAUCUGAGUUUUGAGCUAGCGUUUUCGAUAAGGCAAAGUCUGAGAUAUGCUUUAUAAAAUAAAUAGAUAUAUUAAAUUAUAAAUUAGCUUUUGAUUGAGUAGCAUUAAGAAGUUGUGAUCUAAUAUAAUUAUUCAUGAAAACAAAUAUAUAUUUAUUAA